CGGAAAUCUACCUCCGACUGUAUAACAUGGAGGGCCGGGACCCGAUCCAGGCCGAAACGCGGUUCCGGAUCAUUUUCUUCCCGUUGACCUUCUGGUACUUCGACAAGUGCGAGUGGGAAUGCUUGCCGGACCAUUCCGCCGGGAAGGAGUGCCGGACGGAGAUCGUGAACGAGAAACUGUUCCGGAAUCUAGAGGCGUUGGUGCCGACCUCCCCGGAGUUGACCAGGAGGGUGAACAUUAUGGUCAUCGGGUUGCCGAAACUGAUGAACCCGAUCAACGGGGGCGACCCCUCGCCGGUGAUUAAACUCAAGGAAGUUAUCAAAUGCAAAUAUGUCUGGGUCUGGAAGAAUGCAACUUGUGAUGCUGCGUCUGGAUUCCAAAAGAAUUUGUACUGCAUGAGCAGCAAAGAGAAUGCAACUUUUGCUACGCGGACAGAGGAUUUGUCAUGCGAAAUAGGCAUCAAGAAGCUUUCAAAAAAUCUGUGAUGCUAGGGCAUGCAUCACAGACAUCAUGGCUCACGCAAAACGUGCAUGACAACGACAAGUCUCAGAAUCUUCCGGACCCAGACACUUUUGCACUUGAUAGAAGUCCGGGUUCCGCAGUACGGAUUUGCGCCGCAGAAACUCGGGAUUGAGAUGAUCGACGCGGAUGGGCGCCGGCCGAACUUGAUCUUUUCCGACCGGUUUUUAUCGCUGAAAACGGCGUUUUACACCAACACCAAAAUCUUAGUCCAGGGCGCCUUGGGGUACGGGCCGAAGCCGUUUGUGCGGGAGCAGAACAACAUGCUGUUGUUGAUGCAGUUGGGAGCGUUCAUGCGAUCCGGGAAAGACCCAGUGCUAAAAGACGUCCACCCAGACACCUACACGACCGAGGCGCCGGACGUCAACGCGACGGAAGCGGAGGUGGGGGAAUUUUCCACGACGGUGGCGCCGACGCACGACUUAGGGCUGGGGAGAUUGGGGAACGUGACCUACAGCACGCUGAUUGAGUGCGAAGACUACGACCCGGAAUACUCUUCGGUCUUGCAAAUCGUUUUACCGGAAGGGUACGUCUGCGAUCUGGACCGGACGAACGACUGGAAGUCGCACGGGAUUUUCAACAUCAACGUGGACGAGAACGGGUUUUACAAGGACUAUGUCGUCACCGAGUUACCGGACGAGAAGUCCGGGUUCUGGUGCGCGGGGCUAACCAACGUGUGCACGUACUUUUUCCGGAAAUUCGUCUCCCUGUAUCCAGGGCAGAAAUACUGGAUCCCGCUCCUGGUCAGCAACCCGAUCACGGAAAUGUACCGGUCGCAGUACAACGGGAUUAACUUCUACCAGAUUCACUUCCAAUGGACCAGUGAGUUCUUCGAAGUUUCGGAAUGCGUCUACGAUCCGGACCCGGUUUCGCACCAGAGACAGAUGAUCUGGACGAAAGAUGUCGGCUUGCUGUCCGUCGCCGGACCAGACCCCAUGGGCGCGGUGGACACCAGUGAGCGGACGAUGUGCGACUACUACGGCGCGUUAGACGGGGAGGACUUCAAUAAGCAAUGCACGGGGUCCCGGCUGAACAAAACCAGCUUGGCGGACAUGCUGGUCAAAUCCGACUACUACUGCGCGAAAAACUCCUUCGGGCAAACAGAAAGGGAAAGGACCAGGUUUUCCAAAGCGGGGCUGAGCUUGCUGUUUGACAAGCAGGGGGUCAGCUUCCGCGAUAUCAUCAAAGAACCGACGAAUCACAACGCUUUUCUCCGCGGGGGGUUGCCCAUGCUGGAGAACUUUUUGAUCCCAACGCACGCCCUGGCCCCCCCGAUCGACAUGGGGCCGCUGCCCGCAAACACGUUUCAGAAGCUGUACGAUAUGGCGGGAGCAAAACAAUAUUUUUGAAAACAAUAAAAUUUUGACCAAAGGGUAAAAAUGCAUAUUACGAUGGGAUUACCUAGUUACAUUUUUAUGAUAUGCAUAGCUAGGCACCAUGUUAAAGUAGCUAGCUAAGGAAGGUCCGGGGCCGGCAUUUCGACAUCGUCUUCCACGAGCUGCUGCUCCACGGCUGUGGGCACAGCCGUAACCGACCGGGCCGCCCUUCCUCCGUGCUGAUGCCGCUCCACCGGACCUUCCUUAGCUAGCUAGCUUAAUCACAUAGUUAAUUGGCGCCUUUUAUAGAUGGUUUUACAGUAUGCUAGAUGCAAAAUCCUAAAUACCCAUCGGUCAAAAUUUUAUUGUUUUCAAAAAUAUUGUUUUGCUCCCGCCAUAUACGAGGUGAACGCGUACACGAAGACGUCCACGCAACUCAUGUACGAGCAGUUUUGGCAGAGGCCGAUGUCUAUCAACUGCAAAUAUGUCUGGGUCUGGAAGAGUGCAAGAUUUGUCAUGCAUAUUUCUCAUGACCCAUGAUGCCUGUAAUGCAUGACCUAGCAUCACAGACUUUGAGAGGGCUUCCUGAUGCACCUUCCGCAUGAGAAAUGCCCUGUCCGUGUACCACAAACCGGAUCCCUCUUGCUGGUCAUGCAAUACAAAUUUUUUUAGAGUCCAAAAACAGCAUGACAAGUUGCAAUCUUCCAGACCCAGACACUUUUGCAGUUGAUAAUGUCGACGGAACGACGGGACGCGGAGAACGAGUUUUGGAACCGGCCGCCGAACAAGCGGCUGAUCCCCUUCUAUCAACUGCAAAUAUGUCUGGCUCUGGAAGAGUCGGGACUUGUUAUGCACAUUUUGCAUGACCCGCGAGGUCUGUAAUGCAGGUGCUAGCAUCACAGAUUUCUUGAGAGCUUCUUGAUGCUAAUCACGCAUGAGAAAUGCCCUCUCCGUGUGCCAAGAGCUGACUCCUCUUGCUGCUCAUGCAACACAGAUAUUUGUAGAAUCCGCAGACAGCAUUACAAGUUGCACUCUUCCAGACCCAGACAUUUUUGCAAUUCAUACCUUUUCGGAAGAGACGAAUUUAGAUUUUGUCGGCCGCAUCGCCGUGAUCGCGAAGAUGUCGGAGGAGAUCCAGUACAGCGAGAGAAGUGGGUUUUCUGCAAGUUACAACUACAUGGUUGUUUCCACAACCCCCGCCCCGUUCGUGCGAGACACGCUCGUGAUGGGCUACACGGAGACGACGAGCACGACGGCCUUACCCCUCCCGUCCGCCUUGUUCCACGGGAAGGGGCCGAACGAGGUGAUGCUGUUUUUCCAGUCGGCUUUGUUGGUGGAAAACGAGGCGGAGUUGGUCGUGGAUUUACCCACCGGCUACAAUGUCCAGUCCGAGUGCACGGGGACGGAGCUCGACGGGUACUACUUCGCCAACCACGGCAUCGCGGCGAAGGACGUCUACGAGAAGGCGGCGGACGACAACAUUCAAAAGAUGCUCCUGCGCCCCUACCUGCUCGCGGCGUCGGGGUCGCUUUUGGUCGAGAAACUAGAGUACCAGGGGAUCGUGCCGGAUGCCGAUCUGCUCCUCGACCCGAUCAACAACCAGCCGAACGGGGCCUACACGCCGCUCACGAUCGGGGUAAGGUACAAGAAACCUAACGCCUAUCCACCGUAAAUUUCAUCCCGUACUACACGACGUACAAAUGUGGUUUCUGCAUGAAAAAAGUGCUCUGAAAUCCUAUAACCUAUUUAGCAUGACAAAUGGCUUGCUCUAGGUUGACGAAGUUUGUGUAUGCAUUUUGUACGUGUACAGGAAAUUUGUAUUGCAUAAUGCCUAUGGACUUUCCUUCUUCCUCCAGCUCCAUGUGGACCGGACGGGGGGCAAUUUGAACACCGUCGCGACCCCGAACUCGAUUAAUGGCGUCCCUUUCGAAGAAAUCGGGUUCGUGCAGUGGCAGUUGGUGGACGACGCGAACAGGUUGUACCUGUAUUCCGAGACUUACUUUCCGCGGACCGACAUCAAGCGGGUCGUCUACCCGUUGUCGCCCGCGAUGGUGACGAGCUGGAAGUCCGUUGUGGUGGAAAACGCAAAAGCACUCGAAGCGGCCACGAUCAACCAGCUCGGGGUCCAGGAAGCGGGGAUCGAAUCCUUGGGAAGGGACCUGUUCGACGUGCGGCCGCGCGUGCGGGGCAUCUGCGAGGGCUCGCUGGCGGCCGACAGCACCGGUACGCAGCCGUAUUCGAGACACUACGACGUGUACUACGGCGGAGACACGCUGCUGAACCGGGCGAUUCUAAGAUCCCUGGGGCCGCUGUACGCGGGGGAGCUGUACGCUUUAGGCUUGUAUGAAAUGCAAAAAUGUCUCGGUCUAGGAGAUUCCGACAUUUGUCAUGCAGUUUUUUCAAGCUCCCCCACGUCUGGAAUGCAGGGCCUAGCAUCACAGGUUCUGCAGCUACUUGGUGAUGCGUAUUCUGCAAGAGAAAUGCGCUCUCCAACAUGGCCAGAAGUGGGCACCUUUUGCGCGUUCUGCGUCACAGAUCUUUGUAGGGUCCGAAACAAGCAUCACAAGUUCGGAUCCUUCCCGACCCAGACAUAUUUGCAAUGCAUAGCUUGCAGAUGACGAACCCGGACUUCAAAAAAGAGUACAUCGAGAAGGUGUGGCGGGCGAACUUUCAAAAAGAGCACCAAGCGCUGCUGGCGAACACGAGCUUUCACAAGGCGAACACCAUGAUCGAGUCGGGGACUUUGGUGAACUCACUGGGCUACCCCGGCCGGAUUCAGGAGCAAAAGUUGAAGAUGUACGUGCGGGACGCUUUGGGCUUUGUGCAGGGGACCCACUCCCGGUCGAUUUUCCAGAACCCGGACAGGAGGGGCACGGACGAAUCUUUUCUGAAUGUUUUCCCCUUCGAGCACGGUUGGCAGUUAUUUCAAUACGAAUGGCCACGGAGGGCGGUGGUGUUAGAUUUUUAUUCCGCGGUGGAUGGGAAGUUGUUGACAACCAGCACGGAUAGCAGUGGGCUGGAGGUCAGGGACGAAUUGAAUUUAAAAGACCCCCCGGACAGCACCCACUACGAAAUCAAGCAGACCGACACGCAAAAUUACGAUAUUUACCUACUGCAUCCGGUGUACGACGUGUCAAAGUUGAUUUUGCCCUCUUUCGCGAUCCUCGGGACGAUUUUGAAGGCGAAAAUCCGGUUUUUGAUCCCUCCGCACCUCGUCUUGCUAUGCAAGAAAAAAGUUGUGUAAGUGUAAAUCUCUGAUGCAGAAAAUGCAAAACAGUUACGCUUGUGAUGCUCGACAUGCAUGAUCGGCUCGCUUCCUAUGUAUUUUCCCUUCGUAUGUGCGCAUAACAAGUUUGGCCUGUCCCUGUCAUAGCAGACAAACUUGUGAUGCUGUUUUCCCAAAAGACUGACACUAACACAGUUUUUUUUUUGCAUACUUGCUCGAUCGCAUCCACCAAAUUUUCUUCCACCAGGAAGCGAUUUUAGCGGCGGGGUACUUUGUAUCAAAUGUAAAGAUGUCUGGGUCUGGAAAAGUGGAACUUGUAAUGCGUGUCAUGCAUUCCCGGAAAAUCUGUGUUGCAUGAGCAGCAAAACAGAGGCUUUCUUUGUCAUGCAAAAACGCAAUUUGUGAUGCGUGCUAGGCAUCAGCAGGCCUCUCAAAAAUUUGUCAUGCUUGGCUGCCAUUGGAGGCGCUUCAAUCAUGCGCAAUUCGGCAUCACAAGUUUCCAGACCCAGACAUUUUUGCAUUUGAUACUUUGCUUCCGGGUACGACCGCACGAGGUUUCUGGAGUUGCAAACGCUGUACACGAAAAUCUGGAACACGACGGAAACCUUGCCCGGGUCCUGGUUUCACUUAAUGCACGACGUUGUGAACUCCAUGGACUUACAAUACUGCUCGAACGGCGCAAGAACGUUAGAACACGUACACCAGGAAGCGGUACUCUACCAGCAGCAGCAGGCGGCCAUCGCGGCCGCGAUCGCCGCGAACCCCGAUUUGGCCACGACCACCACGACCACCUCCACCACAACGGUACCCGCUGGCGUCGCGCAGAAUUUUCCCUGUGUCAACAUGCAGGAGCUGGUCCGCCAGUACUACUACUACUUCCAAGAGCAGUCCGGCGCGCGACUGUUCGGCUACCGGCCGAGACUGGAGGACGACGCGAUCGCUUCCGGCGGGAGCGAAAACAACACAGAGCAAAUCACGGUGGAGGAAAAGUACCCACGCUUGCUCGACGCAGCGCCGUUGCUCGGCUCCCCGGUGUCGAACUUGACUGAUCCACCGUUCGUAUGGAAGCGUCAGGUUUGAAAUCGUCAAAGUUGAAAUAAUUUGUAAUGCAUAAAAUGCAUGGCCCGAGGUACGUGUGUUGCAGAGCAGGCAAGUGAGACCGAUUGCAAGCCUGUUUGGGGUUACAGCUCGAGCUGCUAAAGUAGCUUGAGAAGAUCGCUCUUUUUUGCCUAAACAGCAUGACAAACUGGAUCACUUAGGGACCGCCGAAAUUUGUCAUGCGCCACGUGGGAACUGGGUUCCAACUGGCAUCCAUUUUAUGCAUGGCAAAUCAUUUCAACUUUGUCGAUUUCGAUCCUGACAGUUCCAUAGUUCGAUCACUUCUUCAAACUCCACACUAACAUGCGGAUCAUCGCGCCGAAGUUUUACGAGUUUUACUUCUUGACCUCCACCCACAGCUUCACGAACAACUUCAACGGGAGAGUCCGGAAUGGCAGGAGUUCCCGCUACGCUGCCGGCUACGGCGUAUCAAAUGUAAAAUGUCUGGGUCUGGAAACUUGUGAUGCUAAAAGUGAAUGGUAGACGGACUGCAAUACGCAGCUAUGCAUGACAAUUUUUUUGGCGUCCAUGUCUUACGUAUUCCGCAUGACAAACUGCGUUUUUGCGUGACAGGUAAGAGGGCCUUUUCGUGCCUAUGCAACACAGAUUCUCGAGUCAUGCCAGACACGCAUGACAAACUUGCAUUGUUCCAGACCCAGACAUUUUUACACUUGAUACGGCGUGAAGCCGAGCAAUGAGCUGCAGUUCGAGGAGUUCCAGGUGUCGACCAAGUACCUCUACGAGGCGGAGCUGAUGGUGCAAACGCCGGAGUACACAUCCACGCCGAGAUAUUCAGGAAAAAAACUGUGUAAGUGUAUGUUUGCACUAGAAAGAACAGCAUUACAAAGUCGCUUUGCAUUACAGGGAAAACCUGUCAUGCGCAGCUAGUAUGUGGAAACACGUAUGAAAGUAGCCCAUGACGCAGAUCCAGCAAGACAAGUGUAUAUAGUUUUGCAAAGUCUGCAUCACAGAGUUACACUCACACAGUUUUUUUCUUGCAUACGAGAUCCGCUUUGGCGUUUAAGUUCGAACUGGGGUACAAACUAUGCCUUGCAAAUAUGUCUGGGUCUGGAAAGGUGGAACUUGUGAUGCUAACUUUGGAUUCCAAAAAAAUCUGUGUUGCAUGACUAGCAAGAGGAGUUCAGUUUGUGUUACGAGGGGAGGGCAUUUGUCAUGCGGAAUAGGCAUCAGGAAGCCUUCCAAAAAUCUGUGAUGCUAGGGCAUGCAUUACAGGCGUCAUGGAUCAUGCAAAACAUGCAUGAUAAGAUAGACCUUGCAUCCUUCCAGACCCAGACAUAUUUGCACUUGAUACAAACCGCUGGAUGCGUAUUUAACCCAGAUCGAGGGCAGUACAAGCAUCACGACCUACACGGUUUCGACCACCAGCUUGUACUACGAGCCGGCGAAACAUGUGUACUUGGAAAGCGUUGCGGCCUUGUCGAUGAACGCGCCGAAGUUGCAAGUGAUCUACGACGCAAGUGUCCGGUCGUUGGACAACCGGAUCGGGGUGUCCGGGAAUUUGAUGAUUCUGUCCAUGCGAACCACGACGGUUCUCAACGAGGGCAACGGGUUCCAGUUUUCCGGCGUCAGCACGGCAACUAUCGGGCUGAAGCUGCUCUGUUCGCCGGAAGGGUUGUCUGGGAUCGACGUGGACGAUUACAAGUGCGUCUCCACGAACCCGGACCCGGGGAACCCGCGGAUGCAGCUGACUUUGACCACCGGCCCGCACCCGCCGGGGCUGUACAGCUUCAAAAUCACCGCGACCAACCCGACGGUGACAUACGACACGCGGUCGACGGGCGUCUUUUUUGAACUCGGCACGUACGAUUUCGGCGGGACGAGUAGAAGGACAAGAAGAUUGGUGGAGAAAUUGAAGGCGGAGAAGAGGAUUCUCGGAGCGGAAGAAGCACCAGCAGGGGUGGUGGAAAGCAGGAGUAUUGGAAGAACUGCAAGCAGUUUACUACCCUCAUCUUCUGCGGGAAGUGCAAGUGGGACUCCGACCGCUAGUGCAACAACUUCUAUUGCAACAAGUCCGAGCGCAGCAUCACCAGCGAUGCUGCCGACCCCACUUUGGAUGGAACAGCAAAAUGAAAGGGAAGAAAAAAGGUCGCUGUCCUUGCUGGUCGACAAGCUGCUGCCGAAGGAGCAGCUGGAAACCGCGACCGAGGGAUUGUUUACCAAACUUCCGCGCGACCCGUUUCCUUUAACGGAACUGCAGAAAUUCCGGACGUUCCUGCUGCAGAGGGAAGUAAAAGCGGGGCGCAUGAUGUUGCAAAAAUCUUCCGGUGCAGCUGCUUCUUUACCCGAAGAUGUUGAUAUCAGCGACGAAGUCGACUCGUUUCUGCUGGAAACCAUGACAAACCCGGAAUCCGAUCCGCUGGACGCGCUGGAUUUUUCGAGAAAGGAAGAUGCUAAAAUGUCGGAGAGCCGGAGAAACGAUCCGCUUGCCUCACCUGCAUCUUCCUCUGCCCAAGUCGUGACAGCACCAGCAAAAGACGAAGACAUUCUGUUCCACCCGGACUUCGUCACUUACCUCAAAAAGCGGAGAAGAGAACUCUCCUCCGUGCGAACGGUGGACAAGCCGAUGGUGGUCGGGUUGUCCUUAUGAAAUGCAAAAAUGUCUGGGUCUGGAAGAGUCAUGCUGUCUUUGCAUGACACAGAAGGUCUGGCAUGGAAGCUCUAGCAUCACAGGUUUCGAGAAGCGUUCGCAAUGCCGAGCCCGCAUGUUAAAUCCCUGACUUUGGUGACAGAAGGUGUGCAACUUUUGCUGCCUAUGCAUGAGAGAUUUUUCUGUGUUCUGAAAUGCGCAUCACAAGUUUGUAUGCUUCCAAACCCAGACACUUUUGCAUUUGAUUGUCCCCCCACCCCGCGAUCUUCGCGGUGAAGACCAUUAUGACUUGCUCAAGCGUUACUUACAAUCUCAAGCGUUACAAUAGAGUCUGGAAUUUGUGUUGCAUGAUGAGCAUGACAGACUUGCACAGCGUUCCACCUUUUGCAAUACAAAUUUCGCCAGAUUGUAGUGGUGUUUGGGGCUCCGGAACUUGUCAUGCGCAAUCCUAUGAGAGUAGGCUAGAUCAUGCACUCUUGCAUCACAGAUUGCCAUAUUCUAUUGUAACGUUUGAGAUUGUAACACGUGAGCGGGUUAUAACCAUGGCGAGCUUCUUCUGGGUCUCCGGCGGCGACGCGAAUCCGGAUUAUCUCAACUUUCUCGGCAAGGACGACCGGCCGCAGAAAAACACGAAGGUUUUCUUCGCUUUCAAACUCGCGGACACCCUGCCACGCCGGGAGCAGGUGAAGAUGGUCCUGAAAGCGCCCGAGGGGUUCAUCUUCGACGCAAAAUGCAUGAUCGACCUGCAGCCGGUGUUCCGGAAGGGCUACAAGUCCGCGGCGUUGACCCACCGGUACUUGGUCCGUCGGCAGUACACGCAGAGCCGCAGUUAUGGGACCACAACGUCGACCACGACGACGACCACCGGGCCCCGGUACGGACCCCAGUUGCUGAACCCGCCGCCGAGGUUCAGUACCUACCACAACUACGCGGAGAACCAGUUCCAGACGGUGGACCUGCCGGUCCCACCGCCGUACGACCGGACCGACGGGGUGCCGUCCGCGAUCACGGAGUACCUGGCCAAUUUGACCCGGUCGGCCCUGGAGCAAGCGGAACAGGACCAGCUCUCCUUCGACGGGCAGAUCCGGUCUGCGCGCUUUUCCAUGUCGACGGAGGAGCAAGACAACCAGUGGGGCAUCAAGGUCGACAGCUGCACGGGCAACGGGGCGGAGGCCAGCAUCAUGUUCUCGCCCAACGCCGACUACAGCUACAUGUAUUGAGAGGAAAAAUCCCCCCUCCCCAUAUUGAAAAGGCAUGGCUCCGGAAAUUUGUGUUGCUGAUUUGAGGUCACAAAUCACAUCUGUCUUGCAAGAAGACGAGGGCAGAAGCUUCCGCCAUAUUAUGGGGGCGAUUUGUCAUGCCGUUGGGCCUAAAGGGAGGCCGUUUGCCAUGCUGAGCAACUAGACCCAUACGCCCCCAGCUAGCCUGGGGAUCUGGCCGCCAUGCCUUUCUGCAACACAAGUCUGAUUUGUGUAUCCAAAUCCAGCAUCAGAAACUUCCUUUUGAUAUGGGGAGGGGGGAUUUUUCCUUUUGAUAACAUGUUGAAAAAAAACAUGCUGUACUACUUCGGCAUCUGGGUGACGAACCCGGUCGUGGUAUCCUGUGUAAAAACGUCCCCACCCCAGAGUUGUCAUGCAGAUUUGCCAUGACAGGAACAUUUGUGAUGCGCAACCUCAUGACAGGCAUUCUCAAUCGUGUUUGGGAACUUGUAAUGCUGUAAACAGGAUCAGAAGGUCGAUUUGUGAUGCGGCUUUCCUUGCUAACUUGCACUACCUUACGGACUGAAGCUUGUCAUGCGUGACUCCUAAAACUCCUAGGUUUGUGUUGCAAAAUCCCCAUCCUGACUCUGGUGUGGGUACGUUUUUACUCAGGAUACGUGGCCAGCAAAUACGGCUGGUUCGCGAUGGAUUUCGAAACCGAGACGUCUGCGCGCGUCGAGGCGUAUCCGAUCCGGACCAUGUCGCGGGCGCAGCUGUUCCCGAUCUCCGAGGCGUACGCGCCGCUGCCCUCGGAUGCAACGGCCCGAUAUGGAUUGCGAAAAUGUCUGGGUCUGGAAGAUUGCAACUUGUCAUGCUAAAUCCGAAUCAUGCAAAAAUCAGUGUUGCAUGAGUGCCAAAAGCUGCCCACUUUCGACCAAGUUGAGAGGGAGUUGCUCACGCUGGAUAGGCAUGACAGAGACCUCACAGAGUCUGUCAUGCUAGGUUCCGCAUUCCAGACCUCAUGGCUCAUGAAAAACCUGCAUGAUUUCCAGACCCAGACAUUUUUGCAGUGCAUACCCGAACCGCGUCAAACAUCCGGGUGACUUUUACUCCGGUGACGCCGAUCACGCCUCUGUUCGAGUACGUCCCGACGCAGACGGGGCGACGGCUAAGCGGCAGAAGUGCUGACACUUUUCAAAGUCAGGACUUCGAAAGGAGAAUCGACGCUAGGAGACCGCCGGCGUCGAGGGAAAGAAAUGCUGCCUCGAAGAUAAAUCUGGUGGAACAUCAAUUGGAAGACGGAUAUCACAGCAGCAACACUGUGCAGGUCGGCGAACCGAGGCUCUUUGAAGGAGGUGACGCUAGUACUAGCGGUGGUAGAAAGAACAAGCACCAGCACGGAAUAACGAGUUUCCAGGAGGAAAUCCAAUUUGGGGAAUCCGCAACCCUAGAAGCUGCAGACGACCGGGACCAAAGUCAAACCACAGAGGUCGUCGAGGACCUGCGCUCGCUCCAAGGGCAAACUUUCGCGGAGGGCAUGGUGUUGACCGGUUCCUCCGUGGAGGUCGUCGCCCCCUUGGGUUUCGAGUUCGUCGCGCGGAUUGGCACCGAGUGCAGCGGCUUCCGGUUCUACCCGGCGGACAACAUUUUAGAUGCGUUCUACGAGGGCGAGCACGUCCGCUGCUCCGUCGCGGGGCAGAAAAUCAAGGUCGUGUUUUUCAAGAAGGGCUUAGAAUCCUCCGUCAGCUACGUGUUGGCCGCGGACAUCAUGAAUGCGGAUCGCUCGAAGGCGAACAUUCUGGAGUCCGCAAGCUGGAUCAUCCAGACCUACCAAUACCAAGACACCAAUGUCGAGGACGGGCUGAUGGGCAAUCUGGUCGCCAUGGACGAAGUGUUGAUCCCCACUUACGCGAUGAACAAUUACGUCGAGCGCUUAUGCAUUGCAAAUAUGUCUGGGUCUGGAAGGACGUUUAUUUUGCUAGAAAUAGGGUCUUAAAAUUCAAUUUCUCAUGCGGGAUAGCCAGCGCAGGUCCUCCUCGUCUCGCAAAAUCUUUGAAGAUGCUUCUGUUGGCAUUCCAGACCAUCUGCGUGGUUCGCGAGUUGCAUGACAAACAUGCCGACUCGUCCAGAGGACCCAGACUACAUAUUUACCCUUGAUAGAACUGGUCGGUGAACAACUACUGGGAGCGGCAAAAAGGGCGGGAGUUGAUCGAAGAACUGUAUUUCCGUAUGAAGUUUUUCGGUCACGUGCAAACCGGGCAAAUCCUGUACAUGGAGGCGCCGCAGGGUUUCGAGUUGCACACGCUAGACGCGGAAAUGAACGCGCCGGUGAACCAGCUAGAGCACGGGGUCCAACCCUGUUUCGGGUUUUCCUACACCGGGCAGUACCCGUUCUUCUACACGACGCCCGAUCCGAUCUGCGGCUGCUACGAGCGGAACCUACAGACGGAAGAGCCGUUGAGCUAUUUGCGGAACUACGACGACGUUCGGUCGACAACGACCACAACGCCGCCGCCGGUGAACGCCAACGAGUGCCCGCGCAUCGAGUCGAAAACGGGCCGGGUGCGGCAGUGCUUUAUGCGGAUCAAUGUUUUCGAGCGAAACCCCGCAGUGUGGCAGGCAGCGCUAAAUGACCCGGACCGGGCGGUGAUCCAGUUCCGGUUAAAGACCUACAACCCGGAAGAGACGCCGUUUGUGACCCGGAAUUUCUGGAAUAUCUGGCAGUACGAGCCGAGUGACCUCUUCCUGCGAUCCAGGUUGGACGCAUUCCGGAAGGACGUGACGGACGGGCGGGUUACGGAAAACCACAUCUUUCUCCCCGGCGACGCGCCGCGGGUGUUUCAAGACGCGGCGGAGUCCAGCAGGAUUUUGAGAAAAGCUGGUGCAGUGUCGGGGGAACAAAGCACUGGUGAUAUUACUGGUUCUACGGCUACUACUUCUACUCUUGAGAAGUGCGGAAGGUCUGGCGGUUGCGGCGCUUCGACGGAAGGAAACAACUUUGGGUCGGAUGAUUCCGUUGACCUGCCAAGUGAUGUAGCGUUUCAGACAUCCUCUACCCUUUUCGACGAGAACAUGCUGACUUCCCUGCGGCAGGGGAAGCGAAAGACGCUCGGCACUUGUGAUGAGAACGAGAUCUUCGCGGAAGAUAGUAAGACCGAUAAUGUCAAGACCGCGACCAACAUGUUGAGAAAGAAAAAGAACCCGUUCAAAAUUUGGCCGUCCGAAAACACGAGGACGCAUGUCGUUCGGGAAAGACCAAACGAGUCUGAUAGCAGGAAAUUUUCUCAAGUAGGAGAGGACUCCAACGUGGAUACGAAGAAGAAGCGAAAGCUGCAGGUUUUCACCCCGCGAUACCAGUCGUCGGGCGAAGCGGCAGAUUUGAUCCUAGUUCCCUACCAGAACGACGGACAGCCGGACAACGGGGUGUCGCCGCAGCGGUUCAGCAUUUACGACGACAAUUGGCUCCUGAUGAAGCCGCGCCUGAACACCGCCGAGAUGGUCCCGCCGCUCCAUCAGCUCGUCGUCGAGUCUAUCUACCGAGCCUACCGCGCGACCGGCGCGACCGCCGCGGGCACCACGCAGGAUGCGAUUUCCAACAGCAACGAGUGGCAGCUGCUCGUCACCGAUGGCUACCUGGGAAUUCAGUCGAGUUCGGUCUACCCCUCCUGGGAAAUUCGCUCGCAACUCAUCCAGCCGCACUUUGCGAACGUGGGGAUCGCGGCCCGCACCGGGGCGCUCACGGAUUUGUUGCUGCAGUUCACACCCUUACACGAGGCGAACGUUUGCGUGGUGCGGAUCCGGGAGCCGAAGGAGUUUUCGUUCAACAAAACGACCGCGUACAUGAACGUGACCAAGGUGCCCGUGUUGGUGGAGAAAAAGAAGGAAGAAGUGCUGAUCGAACUCGACCAGGAGCGGAACCGCAUGAACCAGUUCGGGAAGAAAUUGACCGCGGUCCAGCACCAGCGGCUGAGCGACAAAACGUUCCACCUGGCGUACCACAGUAUGUUCACGUAUCACCAGGUCCCGCUCGACCAGCAGAACCCAAGGUCGCCCUCUUACAUCGCGGAGAACUACUUCUUGGAGCCCACCUUGAAAUACAACAGGACGAAUCUCGCGCCGACCGUGUUCUACCCGUUGUUCUACGAGAGGCGGAACGUCAGCAACACGUUCCAGCCCAUGCAGAACGAGGAGCAGUGGAUCCCGCUGCCGCAUCACUACGACAGCCGGCUGGCGCCGUCCCAGUUGAUCCUUGUCAACUGCAGCCUCUGUCCGCAGCAGCGAACGCAGAUUUUGCUGAAGAACGCGACAACGGGGAAUUACACCGAGGGGAUGCGGGUUUCCUUGAUCAGUUACUUCUACCAUCCACAGCGGACCGACCAAGAUUUUUACCAGUACGUCACCGGGUACAGCGAGGGCUUGGACGAGAUGCUGGACUACUAUCCACAGCGAAUCAUAUUUGUAAACCCUCGUUCCCCCCAACAUCCAAUUUGUUAUGCGCAACCGAUGAAGGAAAUGGAUAUUUUUGUCAUGCAAAAAUGGAUCGGGAACGAAGUAGAUGACGAGAAUACUUUUACUGUGGAUACUUGCACGCAAGAAACCAUGACGGCUUUUGAGCGCCCGGGUAGGGCGCCGCUGAUGGACAUGAAGAACGAAGUCGCCGUUGCGGGAUACGUGCACGUGAAGGGGAUCCCGAUUCUGCUGGGCGAGGACACGGUCCGGUGCGCGGAGGGGGUGGUGGGGGAGCUUCCCCCCGGGGCGCUCGCGUAUCCUGUGCAAAAGUAUCGUACUCGUAUGAAUUGCAGGCAUGCAUGACAAAUCUGGUUUCCUACCUAAAUCUGCAUUACAAAUUCCAACUUUCUUCCUGAUGAAAUUUGUCAUGCAAUUUAUACUAGUACGAUACUUUUGCAAUGCAUAUCGCGAACACGACGACCACCACCACGUCCACCACCUUCUUGGACGUCCCGGAGGGCGCGGAUCCGGUGGAGUACCAGGUGGCGCAGGAAAGGCUAGCUUUGUCCGGGGAAGCGCUGUUGGACUACUACGCGCGGUCGUCGUAUCAGAUCAUCACGCAGUACCAGGAGCUGGACCGGAUCCGGUCGCUUCAAAACGACCCCUUCCGCGUGCGGACCCUGCCGGACGGCACGCGGUUGGGCGGGUACAACAACGCCAACACGAGGUUCUCGCCCAAAACCCCCUCCCACCAGUGUGACAGCAUGCUGAAGUUGUUUGAACCCCAACUGUACGAGCCCAGCCGGAUGACCUUCGUCACCCGCUUCCAGAGGCAGCUCUACUCCGGGGGGCGGAUCCGAGUUCAGUCGGUGGAGGACAUGGGGCAAUUCGUGCCGGAUCCGAUUGCGCGGGACGAUAUCUUUUACCAGGAGCAGUUGGAAAAGAACAACGAGCCCUGGGAACUUCUGUACACCUAUCCGUACCAGCCGAAAGUGUUCCGGUGCCGCCCGACCACGAACAUGCAGUUUGACGACCGCGACCAGUACGACGCGUGGAAGGCGCAGACCGACCCCGACAAGCUCUGCCCGCCGGAGUUGCGGCAGGAGCACGUGAUCCUGAAAACCGCGGAAACCUCGCACACCGCGGACCGCUUGGUGGAGCGGGUGGAGACCACCCCGAGCUACGGCUUCGCGAGCCGGAAAACGAUGAGCCGGCGGCGGCGGAGCAUUGAUCUGACCAUGCUGAACGUGCAGGAGACAAGGGCGACGUACACCGGCACCGACAUAAAGCUCCUGGUCGGAACGGCGGAGCAGCGGGAUUUUGACAUCAAGCCCCAGUUCAACUUCGACACCUCCGGGGGGAUCCCCGUCGGGCUGGAGGUCACAGCCGUCGCCUUAGUGGAAGACCCGCUGCUCGCGAACCCCGCGCAGCGCGCCGGCGUGCAGCCGCACCGGGACAGGCUGGUGUCCAUGAUCUCCGCCUCCGGCAUGCACCACGUUUUGGCGAAGUCGGUGCUCACCCCGGACACGAUCGAGAACCACGCGGUGUCGCUGCAGCAACUGUUCGACGGCGUGAUUUACCCGAUUACGCUGAUUUUCUGGGGCGAGCGAAACGUUUUGAAGGACGAGAAGCAAGUCUCGGAGUUAGCAGAGACCUUCAUCGACCCGACGACGGGGCAAUCGGUCAAGAUCUGGGACACGGACAUGGAGAUCGACGAUUACAUCGUGUUUCAGCUCUGGGUCAUGCCGGGGAAGUUCGACAGCUACCUGCGGAUCGAGUCGGAGCUGUACAACAACACGCGGAGUACUUUCAUGCUGUCCACGACGAACGACGCCAGCUAUUACAUGAAUGCGACGGAAAUGAAGCUCACCUACCCGCUGCCGACAGAAAUCGUCGCGGGCAGGAAGAUGGGCGAGCGCGCGCCGCCGAUGAGCGUCGUGCCGCUGGAAAUAUCCGUGUCGUUGUACAACACGGACCGAAACUAUCAGAGUGCACAACUCCCUCUCCGUUUCAUUUGUGCUGCAAAAAUGUUCAACUUCAGCUCUUGCCUUGUGGCAUUUCAUGAGAUGACAAACUGGAGUACUCAGACAGUACAACAGUCCGCGCCUGGGCAUGUCAUGCAGCCCCUGUCACUGUCUCUUUUUCUGGUCAUGCCAUGCAAAUUGAUGGGGAGAGGGACGAGUUGUGCACUCUGAUAGAGGCCAGUACUUUGAAAACGACUUCCUUUCCGGGAAUCGAACCUGGAUUGACAUUUUGAAGCCGCCACUGUACGACGACAUGCGGCUUUGGAAUCGGAUGGUGAUGAAGCUCAUCUUCGGGGACGAAAUUUUUAUCACGAUCACCAACAACGAGAUGACGACGAACAUCAUCAUAUCACAGCAAAAUAAUUAGAGUGUGAACGUUAUGAAUGCAUGUAGAAAGACAGGGAGUGCAUGCAACUUGUAUUGCACAGCAUUAUUGCUAGGCAAAGUCUGUCAUGCGUGACUGCAAUAUCAUAUUUUUAACGCGUUUACAUCAUUUCUCUAGAAGUUGAUACCUCACCGAUUUCGUCGUGAAAGAAGUGAUGCUGAAGAACGUCUGGCUGCAGAACAACCUCCUGCUCGAUGAGUACUACCCGAUGACGGACUAUCUUUCUGACGAAAACAAGGCGUGGAUCGUGCAGCAGCUGAACGCGGGAUCGGGCGUCGCGUCCGGCGCGAUCAUGUCCGACACCGGGGGCAGCGGCGGGGGCUCGGGGACAGUUUAUUCUCCCUUUGGGCAGAUCGUGGUGCAGAACACGACCACCCUCCCUCCGUACAACUACACCUGCCAGCCGCACAUCUGGGCGCACGUGCUCCAGGUGUGCGACGCGGAGUGCCGGGCGCUGGUGUCCGGCAUGCGCGACACGGCCGGGAAAAAGCCGCCGUUGGCCGCCCCGUACCGAAACUGCGACAACUACUGCAAGGCGCAGCAGGGGGGCUACGAGUGCACGCUGGCGGCGGAGGAGCGGGCGGACCCGAACACCGGACUGCCCAGCUGCAACAUCCAGGGGGAGUACAGCUGCGACUUCGACUUCUCGCUCUACACGGACGACGUCAUUUGCCAGUGCCGCCCGACGACCACCACCACGACCACGCCGCCCCCGCCGCCACACCCGGUGCCGAAAGUGGUGGUCACGCACAUGGACUUCAUUUUGCCGAAGGACUACCGGUUCUACGGCACGGUGAUCAGCAAGUUCGUCGGGACGGGGGGCAUGCGGAAUUGGGGCAGCAUGCUUUUUCCCUACGAACCGGACGCGAACCCGCCGUUGUUCCCCCCGCCGAUGCCCAUCCAGAAAACCAUCAACACGCCCCCGGAAAACCCGGAAGACAACCGGUGGUUCGUCCGCACGAGAAGAAUGUGGAACGAGUUCGUCGUGACCAGCGUGAACCCGAAUACGCAGGUGCAGACCGGGGAAUACCAGCUCAUGUCCCUCGUGACCGGGUGGGGCGUGGUCCACGGCUUCCCCCUGGCCGAACUGUCCAGAACCUCCGUGGUGUACCCGGUGCUCCCCAACCUAGUGGACGCGGACGUGCACGCGGGCUUCGAGCUGGCGUACCGCGUUGUCACCUUCGCGCACUCGUUAAUAAUCUCCGCACCGCGCGGGUUCCUCCUCCAGUGCGCCCCCCCUUCGGUGCCCUCCCCCCAGGCGCAAACGUGCACCACGGACAGCUCGGGCGUGGAAAACUGCCAGUCGGACUACCGCUGCAACACGUGCAUCGACAUCGUGCGGUCGCGCCUGCUCUUCGCCAAGGACGCAGAAACGGACAACACGGGCUUCAACCUGGCGCCCGGCGCGGCAAACUCAGCGAACGGGCUGAUCACGGAUCCAAUCCUGGCGUUGUUCGGCCAGGCACUGCAGAGCAACACGGACCCCGACACGGGGGAGUGCUACGACCCGUUCACCAUGUUCACGACCCAGGAGGCCCUGGACGAGAACUUCGGGCAGUUUGCGUUUUACGUGAACAUGAGCGUAAAGGGGCUGAUUCUCUCCCAGCAGCAGAUUGGCGACGUGGAGCUGCUCGACAAGGCUGUUCCCUUUUCGUUUUUCUUGAAACUGCGAACCAGUUCCGACACGCGAACCGCACUGGAGAUCCGGGACGACCAGAUGCAGUCUUUGGAUCCGAACAAUCUAUCAACUACAAAUAUGUUUGGGUCUGGAAACCCGUGAUGCUGAAUGGAGCACGAUUGAAGAGCUUGCAAUGGCAGCCAAGCAUGACAAGUUUUUGAGAAGCCUGCUGAUGCCUAGCACGCCUCACAAAUUGCGUCUUCGAAGGAACAAGGCCAGCUUUCGCUGCUCUGGCAACGCAGGUUUUCCAAUUCCAGGAAUGCAAGACACGCAUCACAAGUUCGACUGUUUCAUCCCAGACACAUUUGUAAUCCAUAAAACCCGGACACGUACAACGGGGAAUGGGACUUCAGAAUACACGAUUUGGACAACAUCACGGUUGACGCCAAAUUUGAUAUCCCCAACCCGCACUUUGUCACCGGGUUGCCCAUGGAGGCGCCGAAGCUGAAGAUGCAGUUUCCCGUAUCCUGAGUAAAAACGUACCCACACCAGAGUCAAGAUGGGGAAUCGGCUAGACAAUUCCACAAGUUUUGGCUGUUUUGCAUGACAAAUUUGGAUUCGUAGUGUAGUGCUGUUUGAGCUAGCUCAGCAGCAUCACAGAUCUAGCAUACCAUGCUGAUUGAAGCAUGACAAAUUGCAAAGCACGACUAGAAAAUGCUUCUCAUGGAGCUCCGCAUGAGAAACAUUUUCAGCAUGCAGAUUUGCAUUACAACUCUGGCGUGGGUACGUUUUUACUCAGGAUAUCCCGAGUUCAACGUACGUGACGCUGGGAGCUGGGACAAGUAUCAAAUGUAAAAAUGUCUGGGUCUGGAAGAUUCUGAGAUUUGUCAUGCAUGUUUUGCAUGAGCCCUGACGUCUGUGAUGCAUGCCCUAGCAUCACAGUUUUUUUGAGAGUUUCUUGAUGCCUAUUCCGCAUGACAAAUGCCCUCUCCGCGUACCUGUAGGACGUGGAACGGGUGUGGUACCUGUAGGACGUGGAACGGGUGUCCACCUAGGGGUAUUGGCAGAGGCUAAAUCUGUUCUAACGCCACGGCAUUGGCAGAGGCUAAAUCUGUUCUAACGCCACCCUGACAGGAGUCAAAUGUCAAAACGAUGCGAUACGAUACGCGUAGCAAAAAUUACAUUCCUUUUGGUACUCGUGCAAUACAGAUUUUUCUGGAAUCCAAAUUCAGCAUCACAGGUUGCAUUCUUCCAGACCCAGACAUUUUUACAUUUGAUAACAAGUGGAAGUCGACGAUUACGGUCAGCUUCGCCACCCGCAACCCAAUUUAUUUCAUCGACGAGACGAGCCGAUUCAAGGCGAUUCUGAUCGUGUUGCCCCAGAUGUUUGAGCACAACAUCCAGGAGCCCUCGGAAUUCAUAUGCAUUUUUGCAAAUUUUCCGUCUCGGUCCUCUGGAUUUGUGUGGUGCGAGAUUUGAAGGCCAACAAGAUCAUCUGUGAUGCGUGAACAUUGGCAGGAGCAAUGGCCAGCUUUAUUUUUGUCGCGCUGGGCCAUUGAGAUUGAAGUUUGUUAAUCGUAUUCGUCACUCUACCCACGAAUGAACUUCGAAGCUAAACUUAUCGCGCUCUUGUGCCCCGCCCGUGCAGGGCAGGGCUGCAUCUGGCAUGCAAGCACAACUUCUAUGACAGGUUGCCUAUGAAGAUGUAUCCAUCUGUCCGGACCGAGACAUGUUUGCAUUCCAUAGUUCAAGUCGCUGAACCAAAAGUUCCCGACCGCCAUGAAUCAAGAGUGGCGGCAGUACCGGGCGAGCAAGCGGUAUGUCGUGGUGUUGAUUGAGGCCAUUGGGAUCGAGGAGCUGAAACUAGAUGUGGACACUUAUUCGUGGCAGUUUCCCAUCAAGGUAUUAUACUACUCGUUUAGUUUUUUUCAGUAGAAUUUGAAGUGCACAUAAUUUUUGUUUUCAGCGCUGGCUGGUGGUCCUGUGUCUGUGGACAAGCUUUAUUUGUGCUGUCACUGCGCGCAUGCGAGCACCCGCUCGCGGAGUAGAGUAAGUAACUCGCCUCUAGUUCUUCGGCGGCAUAAUUGCGGGCUUCAGGUCGUAUAAAGUAUUUCUGUAUUGUCGAUGGAAGAAGUGUAAACAAAAAGCACACUCCUCCGUCAGGUUCCCUCGCGUCUUUGGCCGAUAGACACGACCUUCCAGCUGAUUCUUUUAUCAAAUGUAAAAAUGUCUGGGUCUGGAAGAAUCCAACUUGUCAUGCUGAUUUUGGAUUCUAAAAAAAUCUGUAUUGCAUGAGCAGCAAAGAGAGUCUAAGUUUUGCUACACAGCAAGAGCAUUUGUCAUGCGGUAUAGGCAUCAGGAAGCCCUCACAAAAUCUGUGAUGCUAGGGCAUGCAUCACAGACAUCAGGAGUCAUGCAAAAUGUGCAUGACAAACCUGGCAAUCUUCCAGACCCAGACAUUUUUACAUUUGAUAUCUUUGCCGCAACUACAAUCCCUGCGGAUGGCCCAUGCCCGCCGAAGAUUACGUGGUCAGGUUUCCCAUCUACGGCCCGUCCCGCGAAGAAUACCUCCGCCUGAUUGAUCUAGACGACACGGUGUAUUACCGGGGGGCUGCAGCGGGAAAACUAUCCGGGAGAUCGUCCGUCUCGGUGACGACCAUGCUGGCAAGCCUGUUUGCGGUCUGGUGUCUAUUCACAUCAAUAGGCACUGUCUCGGGGCGGGACGGAGAGAGGAGAAAAAAAUGGCUCAUAUGAGAGAUAAAGGCCGGGCUGGUAGAAGUAGUUGCUCAGAUGGCUCGUUCCCCGCAGAGCGACACUGUAACCGGUUAAAUCCAGUACCUUUUCUUUUCCAAGAUGCAACUACAAAAACUGCUCGCAUACAGUUUUCUUUUCCAUUCGUUACUACGAGAUGCAGAUGUAGAUGACUUCGAUCACCAGUCUAAAAUUCAAAAUAAUCUUAUUCCAACUCCAAGAAACUACGACUAGUCUUUCUUUUUUUCACAAAAACACGUUAAUUAUUGCAUUAAUACUUCGUUCAUGUUUUGCUUUUCAUCGCAGAGCUUCAGCCAGAUUGAUUUUUCCAAUAAAUUUGCAACAAAAGAGAGAUGGCGAUGGGACUUGCAGAGGAACUUCGGCCCAAAGAGCGGUAAAACCUGCUGCGAGGCUUCGUAGUUCUUCCUGCAACUACAUCCUUAUCUGCUCGGGUUUUCUUUUCAACAGUUUAUUUCAACACUCGCUCUCGUUUUUCUUUGGUUUUUAUUGCUUUGGGUCUCGCCCUAGAAAAAAUCCAAUCCAUUUUAAUUCAAAGUUGUUACACAAGGACUGCUGGUCCUGGUGCGGCAGUAGCACCGUGGCGAGGGAGCAGAUAGUCUUCUAUUCGGGGAAGAAUCAGAAUAAAAGAUGUUGCAAAAACUCGAGGACGGACAAAAAGAACACCAGACACGCAUUCGGUGGUCGCUUUCAGGAGUAAGAAACAUUGCGCGGGCGUGGCCGUCUUCGGCACACGAGCAAGAUGCUCUGUUCAGACAAAAG